AUGUUAAUGUACAAUGCCCAGAACGAGCCCAGAGCUGCACUUCCAUCAGUCCAGAGACCAGAACGAGCCCAGAGCUGCACUUCCAUCAGUCCAAAGACCAGAACGAGCCCAGAGCUGCACUUCCAUCAGUCCAGAGACCAGAACGAGCCCAGAGCUGCACUUCCAUCAGUCCAAAGACCAGAACGAGCCCAGAGCUGCACUUCCAUCAGUCCAAAGACCAGAACGAGCCCAGAGCUGCACUUCCAUCAGUCCAGAGACCAGAACGAGCCCAGAGCUGCACUUCCAUCAGUCCAAAGACCAGAACGAGCCCAGAGCUGCACUUCCAUCAGUCCAGAGACCAGAACGAGCCCAGAGCUGCACUUCCAUCAGUCCAGAGACCAGAACGAGCCCAGAGCUGCACUUCCAUCAGUCCAAAGACCAGAACGAGCCCAGAGCUGCACUCCCACCAGUCCAGAGACCAGAACGAGCCCAGAGCUGCACUUUCAUCAGUCCAGAGACCAGAACGAGCCCAGAGGAGCUGCACUUCCACCAGUCCUGAGACCAGAACGAGCCCAGAGCUGCACUUCCACCAGUCCAAAGACCAGAACGAGCCCAGAGCUGCACUUUCAUCAGUCCAGAGACCAGAACGAGCCCAGAGGAGCUGCACUUCCACCAGUCCAGAGACCAGAACGAGCCCAGAGCUGCACUUCCAUCAGUCCAAAGACCAGAACGAGCCCAGAGCUGCACUUCCACCAGUCCAGAGACCAGAACGAGCCCAGAGCUGCACUUUCAUCAGUCCAGAGACCAGAACGAGCCCAGAGGAGCUGCACUUCCACCAGUCCUGAGACCAGAACGAGCCCAGAGCUGCACUUCCACCAGUCCAAAGACCAGAACGAGCCCAGAGGAGCUGCACUUCCACCAGUCCUGAGACCAGAACGAGCCCAGAGCUGCACUUCCAUCAUCCUGAGACCAGAACGAGCCGAGCGCUGCACUUCCACCAGUCCAGAGACCAGAACGAGCCCAGAGCUGCACUUUCAUCAGUCCAGAGACCAGAACGAGCCCAGAGGAGCUGCACUUCCACCAGUCCAGAGACCAGAACGAGCCCAGAGCUGCACUUCCAUCAGUCCUGAGACCAGAACGAGCCCAGAGCUGCACUUCCACCAGUCCAGAGACCAGAACGAGCCCAGAGCUGCACUUUCAUCAGUCCAGAGACCAGAACGACCCCAGAGCUGCACUUCCACCAGUCCAGAGACCAGAACGAGCCCAGAGCUGCACUUCCACCAGUCCAGAGACCAGAACGACCCCAGAGCUGCACUUCCACCAGUCCAGAGACCAGAACGAGCCCAGAGCUGCACUUUCAUCAGUCCAGAGACCAGAACGAGCCCAGAGCUGCACUUUCAUCAGUCCAGAGACCAGAACGAGCCCAGAGCUGCACUUCCAUCAGUCCAGAGACCAGAACGAGCCCAGAGCUGCACUUCCACCAGUCCUGAGACCAGAACGAGCCCAGAGGAGCUGCACUUCCAUCAGUCCAGAGACCAGAACGAGCCCAGAGCUGCACUUCCACCAGUCCUGAGACCAGAACGAGCCCAGAGCUGCACUUUCAUCAGUCCAGAGACCAGAACGAGCCCAGAGCUGCACUUUCAUCAGUCCAGAGACCAGAACGAGCCCAGAGCUGCACUUCCAUCAGUCCAGAGACCAGAACGAGCCCAGAGCUGCACUUCCAUCAGUCCUGAGACCAGAACGAGCCCAGAGCUGCACUUCCAUCAGUCCAGAGACCAGAACGAGCCCAGAGCUGCACUUCCAUCAGUCCAGAGACCAGAACGAGCCCAGAGGAGCUGCACUUCCACCAGUCCAGAGACCAGAACGAGCCCAGAGCUGCACUUUCAUCAGUCCAGAGACCAGAACGAGCCCAGAGCUGCACUUCCACCAGUCCAGAGACCAGAACGAGCCCAGAGCUGCACUUUCAUCAGUCCAGAGACCAGAACGAGCCCAGAGCUGCACUUCCAUCAGUCCAAAGACCAGAACGAGCCCAGAGCUGCACUCCCACCAGUCCAGAGACCAGAACGAGCCCAGAGCUGCACUUCCACCAGUCCAGAGUCCAGAACGAGCCCAGAGCUGCACUUUCAUCAGUCCAGAGACCAGAACGAGCCCAGAGCUGCACUUCCAUCAGUCCAGAGACCAGAACGAGCCCAGAGCUGCACUCCCAUCAGUCCUGAGACCAGAACGAGCCCAGAGCUGCACUUCCAUCAGUCCAGAGACCAGAACGAGCCCAGAGCUGCACUUCCAUCAGUCCAGAGACCAGAACGAGCCCAGAGGAGCUGCACUUCCACCAGUCCAGAGACCAGAACGAGCCCAGAGCUGCACUUUCAUCAGUCCAGAGACCAGAACGAGCCCAGAGCUGCACUUCCACCAGUCCAGAGACCAGAACGAGCCCAGAGCUGCACUUCCACCAGUCCAGAGACCAGAACGAGCCCAGAGCUGCACUUUCAUCAGUCCAGAGACCAGAACGAGCCCAGAGCUGCACUUCCAUCAGUCCAGAGACCAGAACGAGCCCAGAGCUGCACUUCCAUCAGUCCAGAGACCAGAACGAGCCCAGAGGAGCUGCACUUCCAUCAGUCCAGAGACCAGAACGAGCCCAGAGCUGCACUUCCAUCAGUCCAGAGACCAGAACGAGCCCAGAGCUGCACUUCCAUCAGUCCAGAGACCAGAACGAGCCCAGAGCUGCACUUCCAUCAGUCCAGAGACCAGAACGAGCCCAGAGGAGCUGCACUUCCAUCAGUCCAGAGACCAGAAGGAGCAGCAGAAGAGGUCCUGGAACAUGAAGGAGUGUCUUCCACAACGUCCAGCCAAAAGACACGGGCGGAUAAUUGUUUUACAAGCAGCGGUGACAGGACUGACGGGAACCAUAAGAUUUCACAAGUGUCUGUGAGCGUCCGCGAAGAGGAAGCUGGCAGCCAAUCAGCUCUGGCUGUCAGGCUGCUCCACGUCAGGAGAUACAGGAUCAGAGAGGCUACAGGCGCUACAGAGGCUAGGCUACAGGCACUAGAGAGGCUACAGAGGCUACAGACGCUACGCUACAGAGGCUACAGGCGCUAG